UUCUUAUUGAGUUAAAGACUUCGUUGUCAUUUUAUAUUUUGAAAUAGUAAACUUUGAUUUGAAACGAUAAUUGUUUAUAUUUUUUUAAAUAUAAACGUUUUUACGUGUUAAAUUAAAUUAUAAUAAAUUACUUUAAAAUAUUUAUUAACAUGCCACUUAUUUUAAAUGAAGAAUUUGCCAAUAAAUUAACCCAACUCUGUUUUGACAAGUAUUUCGCAUUACCUUCUAAGGGAAAGCCGAUAGAAGGUAAAGAAUGGACAUUGUUGUCUGGAAUUGUCCAGUCUGUAAAUGAAAAUAACCUGAAAGUUGUUAGUUUAGCCACCGGUACUAAAUGUAUUGGAAAAAAUAAACUCACAAGUAAUGGAUUAGUAUUGAAUGAUAGUCAUGCAGAGGUACUAUGUCGACGAGCUCUUAUUCAUUAUUUACUUGGUGAAAUAAAAUCAUCUUAUACUGGCAAUUCUUCAAUUUUUGAGGUUGAUUCAAUAAAUUCACGUUUAAUUUUAAAGCCUGGUAUUAAAUUUCAUCUAUUCUCUAGUCAUACUCCUUGUGGUGAUGCUUCAAUUUUUCUUAAAGAUGAUCAUUUUAAAAAUGAUUUUUCUGAAACUAAUUGUGAGCCUUGUAUAAAAAAACAAAAAUUAAAUGAUAUUUAUCGUACUGGGGCUAAAUGUUUAGUCCAGGAAACUAAACAAGACCUUAAAUAUCCUGGGAUUGCUUACCACACAAUUUCUGCUGUACGAACUAAGCCAGGACGCGGUGAUCCUACACUUUCAGUAUCUUGUAGUGACAAAAUUUUAAGGUGGAAUUACGUUGGACUUCAGGGUGCUAUGUUGUCAUUACUUAUAGAACCAAUUUAUUUGUCAUCAAUUACUAUUAGCGGUCAGUGUCCAUAUUCAUAUAAUGCACUAUAUAGAGCUGUGGUUGGAAGACUGAACAUACCUAAAGAAAAAUGUCCCACUUUACUUCAGUCAAGCUUGAAUUUUCAAUAUUCCAAACAUAGUAGUAAUUUAAACAGUAAAGCAUGUCCUCUAAGUAUAAUUUGGAGGAUAACUAAUGAGAUUGAAAACAGGUUAUUAUUUAUACUUUAUUACGAAGUGUUAGUGGAUGGUCAUAAACAAGGUGUAACAAAAAAGACAAUGAAUAAAAAAAGUAAUAUGCCAUUAGUUUGUAAAAAGUCUUUAUUUGACAUUUUUAAAUCUUUAAAAAAAACUGAUAAUGGCAUAACGUAUGGUAAAGUGAAAUCAGAAGCAUUAAAUUACAAUUCAAAAUGGAUGGAAGCUAAAAAGAAUUUGGGUUGCUGGACAGAAAAACCUAAAUCAUUAAUUGAAUUUACAUGAUGAUAAAGAAGAAACUAGAAUUUGAGAGAUCAUUCUCUUGUUUAAAAUAUAAACUAUAACAAAAAGUUGUCUUUUGUUUGUGUAGGAGCUACCUUCUGAAUGACAAACUCUGAGAAGAAAACAUUUUUAUUCAAUAGUAAAGAACUUACAUUGUGAAGAAACCUGUAUUAAUAUGUAAUUGAGUUAUUUUUUGUCAUUCAUUAAACUUGAUGGAAAAAAAAAUAGUUUUAUAUAUUGUAGAAGCAAUUUUAUACUUUCUUAUUUAAUAACUAGUAAAAUUAAUAGUAUUUAUAUUAUAUAU